GCCGGCCAGCCAAAAGCCCAAAACACACCCCAGUCCCCAGAGGCCCAGACCACGAGCCAGGACAGCCGCGUGCGUCGAGGCGAGCCGACGCCCCCGCCCCCGCCAGCCCGCCCGCCCGCCCGCCUCGGUUCCUCCGAUCCACGCGCCCGCCCGCCCGCCUGCCUGCCUCCCGGAUCCGCCGCGAUGGGCAGCCUCGGCGCCGACGCGGAGCCGCAGGGCGCGAGGCGGCGGCCGCGGUUCCUGUGCCUGCACGGGUUCCGCACCAGCGCCGAGAUCAUGCGCAAGCAGGUGCUCGGCAAGUGGCCCGCCGACGUCACGGCGCGCCUCGACCUCGUCUUCGCCGACGCGCCGUUCCCCGCCGAGGGCAAGUCCGACGUCGACGGCAUCUUCGACCCGCCCUACUACGAGUGGUUCCAGUUCGACAAGAGUUUUAUGGAGUACAGGAAUUUCGACAAGUGCCUGGCCUACAUCGAAGAGCUGAUGAUAAGAGAUGGCCCCUUCGAUGGAUUGAUGGGUUUCUCCCAGGGUUCCUACCUAUCUGCGGCGCUUCCGGGGCUCCAAGAACAGGGGCUUGCCCUGACUAGAGUUCCCAAGAUCAAGUACCUCAUCAUCAUCGGUGGCGGCAAGUUCCAGUCCCCGACGGUUGCCGAGAAGGCGUACGCCAACAAGGUGGCAUGCCCCUCGCUUCACUUCAUUGGUGACAACGACUUCCUGAAAGUCCAUGGUGAAAAGCUCAUAGAAUCAUUCGUGGACCCAUUCCUCAUUCGUCACCCAAAGGGCCACACAGUUCCAAGGCUCGAUGACGAGAGCCUAGCGGUCAUGCUCCGUUUCCUUGAGAAGAUUGAGGGGGAAGUACUUGAGUAUUCAUCCAAAGAUAAGAUUGAGGGGGAGGUACUUGAGUAUUCAUCCAAAGAUGUCAACGAAAAUGAGGAAGUGUGCUUGUGAUAAAGACUUUAUAGACCAUUAGUAUCUGAUGUUGGCGAAAAAGCUAUACUUGUAUUUAUUUAUUUAUAGAAUAAACAUACGAUACCUUGAUAUAAACAUACGAUACCUCGAUUUUCAUGAGGCAUGGAUUAUGAGAAUGUAGAUUAAUCAUUGUGUACUUAUAUUUUACUUGAAUUAGAA